AUGGUGAUAAUUGUUAUUAUUUUAGCGGUUUUAGCAGUUGGUUUUAUUUUGCCGGGUGAAUAUGCUCGUUCAAAAUUAGCCACUGAAACCGAUAAAGAAAAACCGGCCCAACAAUUAGAAGAGAUUUUAAAAAAUAUUCCGAGCGCCGAGGAUAAUCCAUCUGACCCGGAAAAAUUGCAAUUAGAAAAAAAGAUACUUAAAUUGAGGGGAGAAAUUAAAGAAGAUUGA